AUAACAUAACAACCAUAUAUACUAUUUUUCUCUCCUUUCAUUUUCACAUAAUUUACACGUUCUUUACACUGCUACACUAAAAUUCAACUCUCUACACUGCCCACCACCGCCAUUAUUAUGAACUGCUUACAAAGCUGGCCUGAGCCUAUAGUUCGCGUCCAAUCUUUGUCCGACAGUGGAAUCACCCGAAUCCCGGAACGUUACGUCAAGCAACCGUCACUCCGACCGUUGAUCAGCAACAGUGCUGAGACUGAUCAGAUUAACAUUCCUGUCAUUGAUUUCCAGAAUGUUUUCUCCGACGACGAAGCUCUUCGUCGAGAGACUUUGCGGAGCAUCUCGUGUGCGUGCCGUGACUGGGGAUUCUUUCAGAUUGUUAACCACGGAGUGAGCUCUGAGCUUUUGGAGGGUGUUCGGGAGAUAUGGCGGGAGUUCUUUAAUUUGCCGUUGGAAAUGAAGCAGAAGUAUGCGAACUCGCCGGCGACUUAUGAAGGCUAUGGCAGCCGGUUGGGAGUGGAGAAGGGCGCCAGUCUUGAUUGGAGUGACUACUUUUUUCUUCAUUUUAUGCCAUUUUCGCUCAGGGAUCAUAACAAAUGGCCUGCUAUCCCAACUUCUUGCAGGGAAUUGGUAGCUGAAUAUGGAAGUGAAGUGGUGAAACUUGGUGGAAAAUUGAUGAGGGUAUUUUCGACAAAUCUAGGCCUAGAAGAGGACCAUUUACAAAAUGCUUUUGGUGGUGAUGAAAAUGUUGGUACAUGCUUGAGGGUUAACUUUUACCCUAAAUGCCCUCAACCUGAUCUUACUCUUGGCCUCUCUCCCCAUUCUGACCCUGGUGGUAUGACCAUUCUCCUCCCCGAUGAAAAUGUCGCCGGAUUACAAGUCCGUCGAGCCGGCGACAAUUGGGUUACCGUUAAACCUGUCCCUAAUGCCUUCAUAGUCAACAUUGGAGAUCAAAUUCAGGUUCUAAGCAACGCAAUUUACAAAAGUGUAGAGCACAGAGUAAUUGUGAAUUCAAAUAAAGAUAGAGUAUCACUUGCAUUUUUCUACAACCCUAAAAGUGAUCUGCUGAUUCAGCCAUGUAAUCAACUUGUGACUAAAGAAAGGCCAGCUCUCUAUGCACCAAAUACUUAUGAUCAGUAUAGACUUUAUAUUAGGACUAAGGGUCCUUGUGGAAAGCAACAAGUUGAUUCUCUAAAAUGUCUUAACCAAUGAUCUUAUAUAAGUAAUUAAAAUUAGAGUAAAUUAUUAUAAGGUCCUCUAUAUUUAUUAUAAUUCACAUUAUAAAAUCCCUCUACUGUGAAAAUCAAACGAUAUGGUCUCUUAUUUUUGUCUCCAUCAACAGUUUAGCCCCUCCCUCCAUAUUUGGUGUUAGUCAACCGAGGUAAAAGACUUUGGGAAAAUUAAUUUUCAAACAUGAGGGACGAAAUUGUUGGCAGAAAUAAAAGUAAAAAAAAAUCAUUGAGAAAAACGAAAGUAGAGAAUCAUAUAGUUUCGUUGACUCGGUUGGCUAACACCAAAAUAGACGGAAGGACUAAAUUGUAGAAACAAAAAUAAAAGAUCAUAUCGUUUGAUUUUCAAUUAGGAGGAAUUAAAGUGUGAAUUAUGACAAAUAUGGAGAUUUUAUAGUAAUUUGUUUUUAAAGUUAGUAUUUUUAGUUAAAUAAGGAAGCUAAUUAAGUCUUACAUUGGGAAGAAUUGUGUAUAUAUCAUUAAUAUGCAUAAUUUAGUAGAAAGAUUUUCUUUCCUAAUCGUAUUUAGAGUAGGAACGUUGUCAUUCGACCUGACAGUAUUCUGUAAUUUUCUUCUUAAGCAAUGUGUGAUCUAUUUAAUGAAAGUCUUACUUUUUAA